AGCAACCCACGACCGUUUCAGCAGCCCGCUUUGCUGGAAGAGACGGCAAACAGAAACGGGGGACAACGGUGGCAAAGCCUAUUUUUGUACUCCACUUUCCCGCAAAGCACACUGCUCUUUCUUCUAAAUAUAUAUAUAAUUCUUUUUGGAGAAAUGAAGCCGCGGGCUCGCAGCUGGGUGGUGUUGUGCGUUCUCGCGCUGUUGUUCGCGCAGGCACGGGCAGCGUCCAAAAAGUGCCUUGUAACCGACAAAACGCCCUUCGUUCCUUACGGUUUAGAGCUGUGCUACAUGCAUUCGCACAAGGCGUGUUGUCUGCCGGGGUUUGAUCAAGAAAUCCAAACCGCGUACUCCAGCUUGGUGCCUAACGGGCAGGGCUGCGGGCCGGGCGGGCAGCGCAUCUACGCGUCCCUCUACGCGCUGCGGCAGUACCUCUGUCUGCCCUGCGACCCGAGUGAGCCGUCCUACCGCUUUGAGAGCGUGAAGGGCGACAUCGUCGACGGCGGAGUCGUCCCGCCGUCUGCCGGCUCCGUGGCAGGGGAGCAGACCUGGCGCAUCUGCCGCUCGUUUCUGUACGGAGCAGUCAGCACCAACGAAGGUCUCUGGGGGGAUCGCGGAUCGCGGUACGCGCAGUGUGGUGUGUUCGUGAGCUCGUGCAUGGCCACCCCGGUGUUUAACAUCACCACCGCCACCUUUGAAAAACCCAGCUCGACGUGCACGCCGGUAAACGAACUGGUAAUUCCCUCGGUCGCGUUCGCCGGUGCGUCCGACCCCGCGGUGACGAUGCUCUCAGUCAUCACGCAGAGCAUGCCGGACUUUCAGUUUGUGGUGGUGAACGACAGCGAUCCGAAGUACGACUACAACAAGACGCCGUGCUUCGGGCGAAACGAAGCCGUGGGUGUCGUGAGGCAGGGGGCUGUUUGGUUUGCUUGUCUAGUGCUGCUUGUGGUGGGUCUUCUGUGA